GUGACCUACCACGGAGAUCCACACCAGCGUCCCCACCCUUGACAAGGCCUAGAUGAGGAAACUGAGACCCAAAAAGAGACAGCAACUGGCCCAAAGUCACCUCCAACAUGCAGAUGUCUGCCAUGAUGUCUCUGCUACUUGUGGCCAUGGGCCUUAUGGAAGCACUUCAGGCCCAGAGCCACCCCAUCCAACGACGAGACCUCUUCUCUCAAGAAAUGCCCCUGGACAUGGCCCUGGCCUCCUUUGAUGACCAGUAUGCUGGCUGUGCCGUGGCCAUGACAGCUGCUUUACCAGAUCUCAACCACACAGAGUUCCAGGCCAACAAAGUGUAUGCAGAUGGCUGGGCACUGGCAAGCAGCCAAUGGCAGGAGCGCCGGGCCUGGGGACCAGAGUGGAGCCUCAGCCCUACACGUCUGCCCCCGCCACCCCCGGGCUUCCGCGACGAGCAUGGGGUGGCCCUCCUGGCCUACACAGCCAACAGCCCCCUGCACAAGGAGUUCAACGCAGCCGUGCGUGAGGCAGGCCGGUCGCGGACCCACUAUCUCCGGCACUUCUCCUUCAAGACACUCCACUUCCUGCUGACCGAGGCCCUGCAGCUGCUGAGCAGCAGCCAGCGUCUGCCCCGGUGCCGCCAGGUGUUCCGAGGGGUGCAUGGCUUGCGCUUCCGGCCAGCAGGGCCCGGAGCCACUGUAAGGCUGGGGGGCUUCGCCUCUGCGUCCUUGCAGAAUGUUGCAGCCCAGCAUUUUGGUGAGGAUACCUUCUUUGGCAUCUGGACCUGCCUUGGGACCCCUAUCAAGGCCUACUCCUUCUUCCCUGGAGAGGAAGAGGUGCUGAUCCCCCCAUUCGAGACCUUCCAGGUGAUCAAUGCCAGCAGACCGGCCCAGGGCCCCGCCCGCAUCUACCUCCGGGCCCUGGGCAAGCGCAGCACAUACAACUGCGAGUACAUCAAAGACAAGAAGUGUAAGUCUGGGCCCUGCCAUCUGGAUAAUUCAGCCAAGGGUCAGGGCCCCCUCUCCGCAGUCUGGUCCCUGCUGCUGCUACUGCUCUGGUUCCCUGGGUGAGGGCCUUUCCAGAGAGUCCAGGCCUCCUCUGACCCAUCAGACACCAAACAGCCCUGCCUGCUGCUGCCCACCCUGAGGAUGCUGGCCACGUGUGUGCUUUAGGUGUCGCCAAGAUCCUUCCUGCAUGGAACUCUGGGACCUUCUCUGGCAGCUGCCAGAUGUGCUGUAGAGAAACAGGAGAGAAUUUUGGGACUGAACCUUACCCGCUGAAUAGAGGUAGGGGGACUCCAGGACAGGCAGCAACUCAGAGAUAGAAGGGACUUCAGCUCAUUUUGGGGGUGAUGGGAGAAGAAAGCACUUGGCCAUGACACUUGCUGGUGUUACUUAAAUGCCUCACAUGUCCACCUGGAAAGUUCCUAUUCACUCCUCCAGGAAGCCUUCUCAACCUCCCGCAUCGGGCUGGGUUAGGGGCCCAGGCUCUAUGCUCUCAUGAGUCCCUAGAUGCUGCCAUAGACCCCAGGUCUGUAUCUGUCUGCCAUGUUGGACUGUGAGAUUCCUGAGGGCAGAGACUGUGUCUGAGGCACAGAGGUGGUGCCAGGAAAUGUGUGACAGUCAGAAAGGAACAAAUACCUGGGAACGGCGGGUCCCUGCACUGCCCCGCCUUGGACACUGUCAAGCUCCAAAUGCCUGUGUGCGGGAAUGGGGUGGACUGUACCUAACUCCAGAGCACAGAGAGUGGGAGGGAUGGAAGAGAAAGCUCUCAGCCCUCUGCCAGGGUCUCAGUCAAAUCCCACUCAUUUUCUUGUCAGCAAAGAUAUAACUUCUGCUCUAAGCCAUGAGGCCUGAGGUUCCUCUCUCUAGACAGACUGACCUGGGUCCCCAACUUUCACCACCAGGGACCCCAAGGGUAAAACAGUACACCAAACGGCUGCUAGGCACACAUUUACUUUAUUAUGAGCUGGGGCUUUGGGGCCAAAUGUCUGUACAGUGUCCUGCUCUGGAAACUAGACCAAGAAUCCCCUUUCCUGAGCCCCUAAGCAGAGACAGGCAAGACUACAACAGCAGCUACCUAGGGAGGCAGACAGGAAAUGCGACAGUUCUGUUUCUUACAUAAUAAUCCACACUCUCCCCAGGAAGAGCUCUAACACCCAGCAUGGACAUUUAAAUCUGUCCUGCCAAAACUGUACUUUGAUCUUGACCUUUUUAGAGUUGCUCCUCUGGAAUUAGGGGAGUGGCAGGCUCUGUAAUACCCUUAGUUAGGGUAUGCAGACAAUGAGUGCUCCCUCAUGGAUAGUGGAGUCAGUAGCUCUGGUCCUGAAGAG